AUGUCACUGGUGGAAGACGAUGGGAAAUUUUCUCCCAUUACUAUGUCUAGUGAUGUGUACACAUUCGCUUUGGUGUGCCUUGAGGUGGCAACUGGACGGCUUCCCUAUCCUCACAGAACAAACAACCAUGCUGUAGCUCAUUCGAGGAGUCAAACCUGCCAGGGGAGCUCACUGCCUUGUCCAAAAGAGCGUGGAUGUCAUUUGGGAUACUCUAGAUCGCUGUUGGGAUGGCAUUGA